AUGGAAAUAUCUAAAAUCACCUCCCCCAGCGAAUGGGUCUACUUUGCGAAGGGCAAUGCCAACAUACUCUUCAAAUAUGUAGGCGCCCAUGACUACUUAAAGCACAAGUUGCUCAGAGUCAGACUAUUGAAAGAGGAAGAAGAAUAUAUAUCAACUUGUGAACUCUACGAUUUCAUUGAGUUGAAGUGUAAACCACUAUUUCCGAAACAAAUAAUAGAUAUUCAAUUGGUGGUGUUGACUACUGAUUUCAUAAGCAAGCUAAACAACAAUGGACACAAGGUGAUGGUCAAGGAAAGGUAUGGCCUUUUGCUACCCAAUAUAUUAUACGGGAACUACGAAAAGCAGUUUCUAUCGAAGCAUUGCCAACUCUACACAGGCUACUCUGAGGUACCCCAUAGCCUCAGCGAAACGGACGCAAGCCAAACAACAUCAAAGCAGAACCCAAGUGCUAUUGACUCCGUGAUUUUCGAGAUUAAGCCCAAGUGGCUCUACGACAACACGUCGUCUAAUUACUGUAGAACCUGCCUGUUAAACCAGUACAAGAAUUAUAAACAUCAUUUUUGCCCUUUGGACUUCCUUUACGAGGAUACCUUGGACCAGGGGUUGGCAGACUUUUUCUCUAAAUUUCCCCCGGAUCACUUAAAUCAAAUCGAAGUGGUCAACAGGAUACCUGUCAGGAAACUCUUCAGGUAUUUCUUGAACAAUCCUGAUAAUGUCUUCCAAAAGUUGAAAGAGUAUCAGAAGAUCAAUAAUAAAAAUGACCUUAUUAAGAAUUUAGGGUCCCCAUCGGAUGUGUCGCAUAAUUUGUCCUUGGUAAUGACAUUAAGAGAUGUAGGGUUAUUUAUAAAGUUUGAAAAGUAUAAUAGAUACAACAACAUCCAUAACUCUCAUAAUAACAUCAACAAUAUUAUCGAGAUAGAAGAUUAUGGAAAAUUUUUGUUAACGUGCAACAUUUACGAUUUAGACUUAAAACUGAAGAUGAAGUACCGCCAUUGGUUUGAAGUUGAACAGAAUUUACAGAGUAUCUACAAUAGUACCAAUGAGGAAUGGAGAUUUUGUACAAGACGAAACAUCAAAAACAACUUGGGGACAUAA